AUGAACCCCGGCGACAGUCGUGGCAUUCAUCCGGACGAGGAGUUGUUCCUUAACAACUCCUCGAACAGGCCCGACGAGUCGCCCAGGGUCGAGCCUUUAAGAAUCAAUAAGAGAGACUCGGCCUCCCCAGCACCGGCCAGCACUCCACCCAACGCUCCAUUGCCGUACCCCGAUGACAGACCUCGUCCCCAAAUGCGCAGCUCGUCUUCCAAUGAUGGGCGUACCGCCGACCCAACUAGAUAUGGAUCCCCGCCCGUAGGCUCGGGCUCAGGCUCAGUGAGCCCCGCCGAUUACCCCUUGGCUUUGCGCCCGCGCGAUGGUCGUGAGCCACGAAUUGCGACGCUGGCCGAGCGACGAGGGGCUGCACCGAAGCCGUUACCCGAAUCCCCAGGCCCUGAUGCGCCAGAUCGGGAAGCGUUGGCAGCCAGACAAUACCCUCGUCCUCCAGCGGCUGCUCCCGUUCCGAUGAAUGUGGCGCCGGAGAUGCCUCAAUAUGAUUAUCGCCAGCAAUACUUUCCACCUCCCCAGCGGGCCAACUCGAGACCUUCCUCUGCCCGACCUGCUUCUACGCUUAACCCUCCACAAUCCGGUGGAAUUAAUCGGAUCAAUUCGACUGCGUCGACUUCCACCACCCGUGCUGAGCGUGGAUCCCCGCCACCACCAGAGACGCCUAUAGUGGGUCCAGGCCAGCAUCCUACUUCGGAUAUCGAAGCUCGCUAUGCUGCUUCUGGAAUUGCUGGCACUGGAACACUUGCUGGUCUGCAGUCACAAAGUGUUGCAGCGCAAAGACGUGCGGCACAGUAUGCUGGACAACAGCCUACUCAACCACAGCAGCCUGCGACACAAAGACCAUGGACGCCCACUGAACAGCCGGGCUCCCAGCCACAUGGACCACCUACGGUGUACCAAGGCGCAGAUGUUGUAAGUGGUGAUGAGCACAGCCCAAUCCAUCCGUCACAGCAGAGCAGCCCACCGCCGCAACCCCAGCCGGUGCGGACUUCUCCCCAGCCCCAGCAGCCCCAGUUCCAGCAGCAAUCGCAAGAGCAGCAGUCACCACAGUCUCGGGUUCCAGCCAAUGCCUUAGAACAAGAUCUCGAUCGAAUGCGCUUGAGCUCUUCUCCCCCACCUGCUUACUCAAGCGUCUCUGCACCUACAAACAAUUACCCACCGGAAAAGCGGAGCAGUAUCGCCGCUGGAGCUGCCAUCGGAGCGGCUGCCGGAGCAGCUGCCGGCUCUGCUAUGGCAGGGCAUCCAGCAAAUAUGAGUCAAAAUCACCCUGCCAUGGCAGCAGCCGCAUCUCCAGCUCCUACAGUCUCAUCGCAGGAUCAUCCCGCCUUUGCCAACGACCCUCGCCAGCAGACUCCAGUGGGACAGUCACCGCAGGACCCCAUUGCCAAUGGAAAGCCUACUUUCCAGCAGGCCCCUCAAGUAGUACAGGUGACAUCACCUGGGCCAUCUUCUGGACUUCCGCCGGCAUCUCCUCCGCCUCUCCCUGAAGGUUGGAUUGCGCAUAUGGAUCCAAAUUCUGGACAGUACUAUUAUAUUCACCUGGCAACACAGUCCACUCAGUGGGAGUUCCCGAAAGGUCCAACGCCAUUGAAUCUCAACGAAGCUCCCAUGUCUCCCAUUGGGAGUGUGUAUAGUAGUCAUCCAAUGGCAUCACCGGGGCUAUCAGCAUUUGGAAAACCCAUGGCUUCUCCUGGUGUGCCUUUAACACCGGGGUUCGAGAGUCUCCAAUCUCCUAUGGUGGGCUUCUCUGGACCUCCACCCAGCAGCGGCAUGGAUAUGUACAAGACUGCUCCUACAAAUGGUGUCUAUUUUGGCCCCUAUCUACGAUACACAAAUAUGGAUAUUGAGCGUGGGACCUGGCUCGGCUCUAUCCUUCUAGUGGCUGAUGCCGCGCAGCCUCCCACGAUUCACCUUCACCAGAGUGUUGAUCUAUCUCCUAACCCACGACAGCUGAAAGCGGUCAAUAUUGCGGUCCACCAACGCUGGACAUUCUACAAGUAUGAGAUUGACAUUCAAAUGGAGGAGAUGGGACCCGCAAAAUGGACUUAUGCAAUCACUUCACACCUGGGCUGCACCCGCUAUGAGUUCCUUGUCGCAGGCCGACAUGAGACCAACUGGCGCUUUAUUGCAACAUCUGGCAAUGACUUUUCGAUUAAUGUCAACGCCAACGACAGAGCUCGUCUCGGUGGUGUGGGUGUUAUGUGGAAGGACAUUAUGCAGAAGCACAAUGAGAUUGGCGGUUUUCACGCGCAGUUAUGUUUGGGAGGACAGAUCUAUGCGGAUCGCAUGUGGAAGGAAAUCCCAUGCCUUAAACAAUGGCUGGGCAUUAGCGGAAAGGAAGCCAGAAAGAAUGCUCCAUGGACUGCCGCGAAUCAACAGGAUGUCUCCCAUGGAUACUUCCACUACUAUACCAGCCAUUUUGACCAACCGUACCUACGGGAAUCAUUUGCUCAAAUCCCCUACGUCUGCCAGAUUGACGAUCAUGAUAUUUUUGACGGCUUCGGCUCCUAUCCUGAACACAUGCAGUUCUCAAACAUGUUCAAGAACAUUGGCCGUAUCGGUAUUGAGAUGUACCUUCUUUUCCAGCACCAUACCACUUUGGACAUUCUCCGCAACGUGAACAAUGAUAUGGAUCUCUUCACGAUCACUGGCACUGGCUGGCACUUUGUCAAGUAUCUGGGUCCUGGUGUCGUAGUUGUUGGACCUGAUUGUCGCUCGGAGCGCAACCCUCAUCAGGUCAUGGCUGGCCCUACAUAUCAAGGUCUUUUCCCGAAGAUUGUCAUGCUGCCGCCCAGUGUACAGCACUGUCUUUGGAUGAUCUCUGUGCCCCUGAUCUACCCACGGCUGGAGACUGCGGAACAUAUUGCCCAGACCGUUGCUACUGGAAAACGGGCCGUCACCGGCACAUAUAAUCUGCUGGGCAAGGUCACUAGCUCAGUGGCCGGCGUAGUAGGGGCCAAAGAGUUCGUUGGUUCCGGCUUCGACUCUGUUAAGCGUGCCGUGGGCAAGUCUGGUCUGAUGGGCGGUAUCCUGAGUCCAUUCGGCGAGUUUGAUCUUAUGGACGAGUUGCGUGACCAAUGGACCCACGAAUCCAAGGACCUCGAACGCACCUAUCUUAUCCGUACUUUGCAGGGCAUUGCCCAUCAGAAAUCCCUUCGUAUGACUUUCCUCUCUGGUGCCGUUAAUGUCUGCGGUGCCGGUCUUGUCCACGAUCCAAGCAAUCCUUCCGACCACAAGACCAUGUACCAGCUCAUUUCCUCUCCAUCUGUCAACACCCCACCCCCAUCCUACGUCGUCAAGAUGCUCCAUAGUAGCAACAAGCCAUUGUACGUUCCCGCGAACGGUCACAAGUCCUCAUCUUCACCAACAGAUACCAAGGAGGACAUGAUGGAGAUCUUCCAGACGGAUAUCAAUGGACAAGCCCGUGAAAAUCGCAAGCUCAUGGGCCGAAGAAAUUACGUUGCUAUCGUCGCUUACGACCCCGAAGUUGUUGCUGCUACUCCUUAUGGCGCAAACACGCCACCGGGGUCCAGACCCAAGCUUAGCUUGGCGGCAGACUUCAUGGUGCAAGGCGAAGGGGCAUAUGCAAAUGUUGUCAAGUAUGGGCCUGUCAUUGUGCCAAGUCUGGAACAUGGUCGAUGA